CCAUCAUGUCUGUAUGGUGCAUAACUGGUUACAUUCCACAGGCCUACUACAGAGCAUAAUUAUAAAGAGAGUUACCAGUUGCUCUCUUUAGUGAUAGGAAGAGACUGCAUGCCUGAAACAUGUCGAAAUGGAUUAGUAUUUUAUUUCUUUGCGCCUAUCUGACUUAUGGUACAACUUGGAAUCAACAAAAAACAACAACAUGCUAUAGGAGCAGCCAGCAAAACUUUCCCGAAAGAGUGCAACAAACGAUGGACAAGAUAUCCAUGACUUUGGAUUCUAAGCUAGAGAUAAUUUCAUCAACACUUGAAACGAUUGCCACAUCUUUGUCAACUAUAGCUCAAAACACCAACACAUAUUGUACAAGUCCUACCAGCGCUGAACCACAAACAACAUCUAGUACUCAAUCACCAACCUCUUUUGCGACUCAACCUGAAACUACUACAGAAAGUCCUACGACUGAGUCUCCAUUUCCAAAAGGGACUCCCGAUAACCCGGCCAGAUCUUGCAAUGAAAUUGCUCUGGAAAGUCCUUCAGAGGACUACUGGGUGUACACAGGCAAUGGAACAGUUAUCCAAGUAUAUUGCAACAUGACAAGGACCUGUUGCAACAAUACGGGAGGGUGGAUGGUACUAGCUAACUAUUCAGUGAAUGUAAAUGAUCGCAGGUGCCCAGACACGUAUACUUAUGGCAGUUAUGGCCCAGAUUAUGGUCUGCUAUUUUACUUUUGUCAAAUACCCGGAGGAGUCGGGUACUAUUGUCAUUCCCUUACUUUCCCCGUUCAUGGGAUUGAAUAUUCCCAUGUUUGCGGAAACAUUUUAGGAUACCAAUGGAGCUCAACAACUGCAUUUGAUCCCUACUACCAAAAUCAGAGCUUAACAAUUGACGAUCCAUAUGUUGAGGGGAUCAGUAUAACAUACGGCCAAUAUCCACGAAAGCAUAUUUGGACACUUGCAGCAGCAAGGGACGAACUAUUUACAGACAGCUCAAGUUGUCCUUGCAUUCGAAGCGAUACCGAAUUCACGGGAGUGAUACCCCCUUUUGUAGGAGACGACUAUUUUUGUGCAACAUCUAUUACGAGUAGGCACACAGCUACUGGAAAUACUCAUUACCUCCGAAACCCUAUUUGGGAUGGCAAUCAAUGCGGUUCUGGUAACACAUGCUGCACUUUUAAUGACCCACCUAUUUUCUGCAAGCAACUACCUGAACCAAGUACAGAUGAUAUAGAACUAAGGCUGUGUGGGGAUGGAAGUCUUCCACUGAACACUAUUCAGAUUUAUGUACGCUAAAAGAUCUCUGCUAAAAAAAUAUUAGCCUAGAUGGCCAUGCCCCUAUGAUAAUGCUUAAUUGUGCAAAGAUUUAUUUCCCCCUACAUCGUACACAUGCAUUUUGCUGAC